AUGACAGAAUUCAACUCUACUGUUUUCCUACAAGAAUUGGAUUCCUUCGGACAACCACCACCACCUCAAAAAAUUGUCGCCAAGUUUUCAGCAACAAACAUUUCACAAAAAUUGGAUCAAAUUAAUCGAGAUAGACAAGGGAAGUUACGAGAUGCUUAUAUUCUUCCGGCAGAUAACGGAAUGGUGAAACUAGGUCGGAACGUUCGAGAGGAGAAACAAAAAAUAAAAGCAGAAGAGGCAAAUAAAUGGAGAAGUGAUGUUUUGAAAGAAUGUCGUCCGCGAGUCUCAUCUCACCCAGUUGACACGGUUAGUCCUCGUGAACAAACAUUUUCAUUAGAAAACAGAGUAAAUCUCUCCUCACAUAUUUAUGAAGAUGAAGACGAUGCAUCGAUUUCAAACCCUCAGCAAUUACGUGUUAAGACAUUGCCUCACCAUGAACGGCGAUCAUCAGAUUAUUCAUCAGCUUCUUCCACAAGUCAAAAAAGUCCAAGCCCACCCAGUCAAUCAUCAUACUCCGAUUAUGCCUCUCUAUAUAAAUCACAAACUGCUUCUCCUAUAACUAUUUCUCCAACUGCUACAGAUUCAUCUGCCAACACAUCCAAUGUUUCUAGUUUCAAUACUGCUUUUCGGAACUCGGCCAAUGUCCCAAUUGUUAUUGCAGAUACGCGAAAUCGUUUUUCACCAGUGAGCCCGUCUGCGUCUAGUAAAACUUAUGGGAACACUUCUAAAUAUGGAACAAGCCUGACUCAACAAAUGCGUUUAACUGAUGACAAGGCUGCCGGUCGACCCCCUGCUUUUAAAUCUAUUACUUCUACCAAUACACAGAAAUGGAAAGAUAUUGCAACAAAGCUGGAAAGUGAUGAUCGAAAAUUGGAAUUUUUAACGAAACAAUUGAAAGAGGAUUUAGUUAUUGAGCGAAAAAACACAGUAGGCUCUUGUAACAACUGCAAUAAGUUGAUUCUAAGCUCAGAGGGAUACACAAGUGUUUCCGAUAAAACAUAUCACACCCAAUGUUUCAUUUGUGAUGUUUGCGGUAAAGAAUUGAAUGAACAACAAUUUCAUUUUCAAAAUGAUCGUAUUUUCUGCAAACAACAUUUUUUCAAUGAUCAAAUGGUAGCAAAAAAGGAAACUUAUUGUUCUAAAUGUCGAUUGCCUAUUGAUGAGAUGAUCUUAACAGCUCUUGACAGAAAAUAUCACCCAGCUUGUUUCUGUUGUACGGAUUGUGGAAAAUGUCUAGAUGGAAUUCCUUUUUCUAUUGACAAGAACUCUCAGCCAUAUUGCUUACCUGACUAUCAUAACCGCUUUGCUCCUCGAUGCGCUCGCUGUGCCUUACCAAUAACUCCACAAAAAGAUACAGGCGAAACUAUUCGAAUUGUAGCGCUGGAGAACAGUUAUCAUAUUGAAUGUUACGUCUGUGAAGGUUGCGGAGUAGCAUUAGCAGAUGGACCAGAAGCUCGCUGUUAUCCACUAGGAAACCAUUUACUAUGUAAAAAGUGCCAUAUUCAUUGGGCAAGCUCUAGAACUGAACCACCUCUGACAGAUUUGUAA